AUGUCUUCUCAAACAUACACUCUGCCUCCUCUCCCCUACGCCUACGAUGCCUUGGAGCCCGUCAUCUCCAAGGAGAUAAUGGAGCUGCACCAUCAGAGGCACCACCAGACAUACAUCAACAACUUGAACGCGGCAUUCUCCGCUCAAGUAUCUGCGACUGCGUCAAACAAUGUCCUCACAUUGGUUUCAUUGCAACAGAAGAUCCGUUUCCAUGGCGGUGGCCAUAUCAACCACUCACUGUUCUGGAAGAACCUGACUCCCCCCAACACACCUGGUAAUGAUAUCGGCGCCGCACCUACUCUGCGUGAAGCUAUCAUCUCCCGCUGGGGCUCGCACGAAGCCUUUGUCAAAGCGUUUAGUAACGAGCUUCUCGGUAUUCAGGGGAGUGGCUGGGGAUGGUUGGUGAGCAAGGGUGGUGUCAAGGGACGACUUGAGAUUGUUACAACCAAGGAUCAGGACCCUGUCAAUGAACCCGAUGUACCUGUCUUCGGUGUUGAUAUGUGGGAACAUGCCUACUACCUCCAAUACCUGAACAACAAGGCUGGCUAUGUCGAAGGAAUUUGGAAGAUCCUCCACUGGGCGGAAGCAGAGAAGCGCUACACUGCUGGCGUGGAAAGCCUACUGAAGCUGUGA